GACAGUAUGACGUCACUGUCAGUGUUUGUUUUCCAUUUUUAGCUCUGGAUGACUGCCGUCUCUCCUUAAUUAACUGCUUUUUACCGUUUACAAUGCCCUGGUUUCAUCAAUAGAUAGACAAAGAAGCAUUUCCAUCUCCGUGAAUUGUAUAGGUGUAGAUAAUACUAAUAAUUAAAGCCAAGAUGCGGUGGGUGAGUGUGUUGGCGGUGGUGGUCCUCGGCACGCUGACUUUGGCUUCCCAGGACUGCAAGAACAAGGUGUCGUGCUCGGGCUGUAUCCAGACACCCAAUUGUAUGUGGUGUGGCAAGGCUACGAAUUUCACGGAUGAUAAUGGGAAGUGGCUGUCCAGAUGCAUCAAACGAACAGAUGAAAUUGCCUCUAAAUGGCGUGUUUCAUGUGGCACAGAUUCCAUAUACGAACCUGGGAACUACUUUGAGAAUGUGAACAACGUACAGCUGACUCAGGCUGGUGUACUGGCUGGUAGCGGUGGGAGCGGCAGCGGCAGCGGCAUAAGUGGCAGUGAGAGUGGAGAGGCGGUGGUGCAGAUAAAGCCACAGAGGGUUUCCAUGAGGCUCAGAGUCCAGGAGGCGUACAGCAUGCAGGUGACCUUCAGGCAGGCUGAAGACUAUCCCGUCGACCUGUACUAUCUCAUGGAUCUGUCUAAAUCUAUGGAGGAUGAUAAGGAAUCUCUCUCCAAGUUAGGUGCUCAGUUAGCAGAAGAGAUGCAGAAGAUCACCCAAAAUUUCAAGCUUGGCUUUGGAUCCUUUGUAGACAAAGUGGUGAUGCCGUAUGUGAGCACUGUGCCUGAGAAGCUCCGAGCCCCUUGCAAGGAUUGUGCAUCUCCUUACGGAUUCCGGAAUGCCUUACCACUCACCACCAAUGCUGCUGCUUUUACUAAAGAGGUACAGGAUGCACCUGUGUCUGGUAACUUGGAUGCCCCUGAAGGAGGAUUUGAUGCCAUUAUGCAGGCUAUUGUAUGCCAGGAACACAUCAACUGGCGUCAGGAGGCUCGUAGACUACUGGUGUUCUCCACUGAUGCCGGCUUCCACUAUGCUGGUGAUGGCAAGCUUGGUGGUAUUGUGAAGCCCAACGAUGGCGAGUGUCACAUGGAUAUUAACGGGGAGUAUUACACCCACUCCAAGCUGCAGGACUACCCGUCAGUGUCUCAGAUCAACCAGGUCGCAAAGCAUCACAAAAUUAACUUGAUUUUUGCCGUGACGGAGCAGAAGUCAUCUGUAUAUUCUCGUCUCGCUAAAAUGGUUGAGGGCUCCAGCCAGGGUGAACUGACCGCUAAUUCUUCCAAUGUUGUGGAACUUGUCAAGAGAGAAUACAAUAAAAUCACCAGUAAAGUCGAGCUGAAGGAUAACGCCACAGCACCGGUGUUCAUUCGUUACUUCUCCCGGUGUAAAGGCGGGCAAGAGAAAGAAACCUCGGUGUGUCAGGGUCUCCGAGUGGGCGAUCAAGUCGAGUUCCGUGCCGAGAUUACGGUGGAGAAGUGCCCCGAGAAGAGGGAGGACUGGCGGCAGGUGAUCGGCAUCUAUCCUGUUGGUCUGCGAGAGAACCUCACCAUUGAUUUAGAAAUGUUGUGUGACUGCCAGUGUGAGAGGCCCGGAAAUGAAGGCUACAAACCUGCAGCUGAAGAGUGUGGUAACCAUGGCAUCUACCAGUGUGGUGUGUGUAAGUGUGAUCCAGGGUUCAUGGGCCGCAACUGUGAGUGUGGCACCAACACUCCCUGGGGUGAAGGAAACUUUGAUGAUUCAGGUUGUCGGGAAACCAACACAUCGGCCAUUUGUAGCGGCCAUGGCACCUGUACCUGUGGAGAGUGCAAGUGUAAUGAGAGGGAGGCUGGUGAGAUCAUUGACGGCAAGUACUGUGAGUGUACCAACUUCCUGUGUAGCCGCUUCAAUGGCCUGUUGUGCUCGGGACCAGAACACGGCGAGUGUGACUGCAACGAAUGCAAGUGCAAGCCCGGGUGGAAAGGAGAAGCCUGCAACUGUGAAGAAAGUAUCGACAACUGUAUCAACCCAGCGAGUGGGGAAGUUUGCUCCGGCCAUGGAGAGUGUGAGUGUAACCAGUGCAAGUGUAACGAGACAGAAGACGGUCGUUACUCUGGCAAGUGGUGUGAAGACUGUCCUCUGUGUGGCACAGACUUAAAGUGUCUGGACUUUAAGGAAUGCGUACAGUGUCGUGUUUACGAGACGGGGCCUUUGUCAGAAGAACCAGACUUGUGUACUCGCUGUUCCCUUCUCUACAGCAGCGUCACUGGCCACGUCUUUGCCAACUAUACUAUUAAUGUCACUGAUUGGGUUGAAGUUGAGGAAGAAGGGGAGAAGCUAUGCACCUUCUUUGAUGAGAAUGACUGCCGCUUCAAGUUCGUGUAUGGCUAUGACGAGCAUAAGGAGCCAGUGGUGCGUGUACAGCAGACCCUGGAGUGUCCACCCAAGCUUGAUAUUCUGGGUAUUGUCCUUGGCGUGAUUGGUGCUAUCGUUGCCGUGGGUCUGGCCUUGUUAUUCAUGUGGAAGGUCCUCACCACCAUUCAUGACCGUCGAGAGUUUGCUCGCUUUGAGAAGGAGCGCAUGAUGGCCCGAUGGGAUACUGGCGAGAACCCCAUCUACAAACAAGCCACCUCAACAUUCAAGAACCCCAUGUAUGGUGGUGGCAAGUAAAUUACUCACCACCUCUGAUCUCAUUCUUGGAUCUGAAGUUGUAUUAAUGUGUUUUCCACAACAGUGCUGGAACUGGUGGCUAGUAGUCAGAGUAAACAAUGAACAAAUAUCAAGUAUAUCCAGUAAUUAGUUGUGUUCAUAAAAACUGCAGUUUAUAUAAUAUCUUGAGCCUCCUGUAAUAUUAGUCCCUUUUAUUUUCUCAUAUAGAUUUAUGCAUGUAAUUAUGUGCUUGUAUGAGUACAGUAUGUAAUGAUGUAGGUAAUGGUAGACUAGAUGUGCUGGAUGGUCCAGUGUGAUAUGUGCCAAUAGUAGUGAAUGUUUUAUAAUGUUUUGUACUAAACCGUAUAGUUUUGUUUCCACGUGUUUUGUUAUUAACUGGUGCAUUGAAACCCAUCCUUCAGUGUUAAUACUUACUGGACAACAUAUUGGCAUUCAUAAUUGUCUGCAUCUAUUGAAACAAAGGCAGUGAAUACAUUAUAUGUAAAAUGUACUGUAUAGCUUUUAUGUUGUUACCAGUGAAGUUAUAAUUCAAUAUUAUCCGUUGAUGUUUAUGUAACUAAGAUGUUAUUUUAUACAAAAAAGGGCUUAUUGUUUUAAAGGAUGUAUUUAAGUUUAACUUGAGAGACAUUAAGCCUUUUCAUUCUAUAUUAUAGCUGUCUUGUGUAUAUAUAAACCUCAUAGUAAGAUAUUGCACUACUGUGAUGUACAGUAUAUCAAUCAUAAGAUGGAUAUGGAUUAUUUUUGCAAUUUGUUUCCUAAUAGCUCUGGUUUCUCUCUUUACAUAUUUAUUGAGGGCAGCAGUACAGUAUAUUGUAUUUGACUGAGCAUCAAGGAACAAGACUGACCAUUUGCAUUGGUGACUGGAUGUGUAGAGACUGGUGUGUGGACCAGGAGGAACAAGGGACUAAUUUUCACCAGAAAUAUGUUGUCAGUAGGGAAGUGUGAACAUAGGGCUGAGCUGAACACACAGCCUGGAGACUGAGCGUGAAUGUGAGUUUAUGAUGACCAAUGUGUGAAGUCUUUGUAUAUAAUUAAUUGUAAAGGUGCUUUCACUUUCUCAUCCGUUAAUUUAAAUUAGGAUAAUUUUUUUUCAGUUACAAGUUUUUUUGUACUUGGACAGUUUUUGAAGCUUUACUAAUAUUUAAUGUUGUUAAAUUUAACAUAAGAUUUUAUUUCUUUAUUAAAUGAUCAGACAAAUCUGACAAAAUGUGACUGAUUGCAUUGUUUCCUCCCAGUACAGUGCCUUUGGCAAUAUAGUCAGCAGUGCCUCAUGAUCUAUUUAUAGGUUAAGAGUCUUGCCUUGAAUGUAAAAAAAAAUAUAAUUAUUUUCAGUUUUUGUUGAUGCUUAAACCAAAGUUUGUGAACAAUCAAAAAGAUGUGUAGGAGUAUGGUCACAGUGCAGGCAGCUACUUAUGUAAGCAUUCACAGUAUUCAGUAAUGGCAACUACUCAUAGAUUGUGCGAUAGUAAUUAAGUAAGACUAUGUGUGGUAACUGUACAAUUAUUUAAUAAAUUAAAUUUAAUA